CCUAAUAUACCGAAGAGGCUCACUGCUUCCAUAGUAUCAAAAAUUAAUUCACCCUAAGUUAUGGACUCAAAAACACUGUAUCUGUGUUUUCUUCUUUAUGUGAGAUACGUACAAACUUAUAGCAUAUGCAACACCAUUCACUCCAGUAUAUGUGGCACUGAGGAAUGUUUUUGUAGCAGUAGAAAAGGAGAGAAAGUCUGCAAAACCUGUGACGUGUGGUGCGAUAGAACUGAGAACGUCGAGUGUUACCAUGGUGACUGUAAUCCAUUGGGAUGUGAGUGCGAACCUUGCUACACCGGGGACAGUUGUGUCGAAUAUAACAAUUUAUAUGCUCCUGAGUACGUCCACCUUGUGUUCGUGGCUAAAGUGGAGACGUUUUCUCGUGGAGUUCUUCGUGGUUUGGCGGCGACAGAUCUAGACUCCAGUAGCUGUGCCGAGGCGGGUCUAUCCCAAUGUUACUGCUCAAGAAUUAUCCACAGAAUAGUGGGUGUCUCUUCCAACAACGGUGACUUCAAAAUAAACCAUGACACAGGAGAUCUUUCAUAUGACGUCAUGACUGAGGACAGUAUCGAAGUGAAUAUCGCGGCGUAUAAUUAUGAUGAAUAUGGCUAUCCCGACAUUCGAGAGAACCGUAUUGGUUAUGCUAAAGUGAAAAUACACGUCACAGACAAACCGAUGCCAGAUUUAGAAACACACUUAUUCAUUAUGGAAAACGUUCCAAACAUAUAUAACUGGAGAGAAGAAAUUUUUGAAGAUCACACAGGAGUAGAAAAUCAUCGACAUCUCAGAUACAGAAGACAAGCAUCUGCUAUUCCUACCAAUGUAACUGCUGUGAUGGUUCUGACUUCCGGAGAAAUUCCAAACGUGACAUCUCCCGUUUAUUUCUACAACUUUCUCCCUGUAUCCCUGACGGUAUCCAUUCCGGAUGGCAGUAAUUUUUUGUCCAUAAAAGUCUUCAGCGACCUUACGGAUGCGAACAGUCCAACAUUUUCCUUCUGUGAUCCAGAUGUAACCUUUGUAGGAAGUAAUUUCUUUGGUUGGAGUCCAACUCAGUACACAACCAAACUGACGUCACCAAAUAUGUUACAGGUCAACGAUGUCCUUGAAGUUGACCUCAGUAUCGUAACAAACGACGGCAGCGACACCACAACACCGGAAGCCAACGAUAUCGUUAUCGAAUUUUCCGCCUACGUCAUGGAUCCAGCAGACACUGUGUUUGAUGAACCAAUCAAAAUUUUUGCGGACAUAAUAUGGGACAAUACAACAUGGAUGUUGCUUGAAAAAGACUUCCUGAUAACUUACACUGAUACGACAGUACAUGACCCCCUAGUAACAGUGGACGGUCCCUUAAGUCUAAAUCCUGGAGCCACUGGUUGCUGGACAGUAAAGACAUUCAUUCUUCAUCCCUAUGCAGACUUUUCCCUGGAGGUGGUUGGCACUAUCUCGUCCUACAUAGAGUUAUGUUCCGCACAUUACACUGGACAUGGAAAUGCUUAUAUGUGUUACAACGGCUCACAGACAGGUGCGAUUCCCACUGCGUCUGGAAGUGGCGGAUUCUCAUUUUCUUUUGGAAGGAUCUACAAUACAGAUUUCAAUGUCACUGACAAUGCUGAGAAAUACUUCUCCUUCCUGAUCUACGGAGAAAUACCUACAUCGGCAGUAAUUGGACAGAAUUACAGUUUCACCGUCAAUGUUGAUCUAAGCGGAGUUUCAUACACAUUUCAACAGAAUGUAACCGCGUCAGACGUCGCUGUACCACAAGCUCCCGGUACGCCGACAUUGAGCCUUUCUCCAAUUUCAUCAACAAUCCACCAGGGUGGUAAAGAGACAAUCAAUGUUCAGGUCACGACGCUCGUGAAUCAGACAGAAACUUACCUAGUAACUGUCAACGAUCCAACACCAGCCAACGAGGUUGUUCACAUUUGUGGCGCUGAACUUGGAACUGUUGGCAGUAACAUAAAAUGCGGUGUCAACAAAUUUAACAUCACUCUCAUAAGCAGUGAAAGCAAUAAUUUGAACGAUAAAGCAAUCAUUGACCUGGGCAUCAUUACUAAUGUCGCUUUGGAUCCGGAUACUAUGAACGACACAAUCAGUUUCUCCGUCACCCUUUGUUACGUCAGCACGGGCAGUCUGAACCUAGGAGACAACAUCAAUAUUAAUGGAGAAUUACAGCACGGAUCCACCAUCCAAUCACCUCAAAGCACCACACUGGCCGUGGUGGCGGGGACACAAACUACAACGGCACCUGUUGUAUCGCUGACAUAUGGAAAUGGCUAUCCAAACAUUUUACCAAGAGGACACGCUGUUUAUGAUCUCUCUCUUACUCUGCCCCCGAACACGUAUUACGAAAAUGUUACUAUAUCCUUUAUAGCGGAAAAGAAUAUUACAUCCAAAACCACCAUUUGCUCUCUUUUUGCCUUCGUGUCUGGGAAUCUAACCUGCAAGAAAUUCAAUCCUCCUGUGUACAUUCAAAACAAGGAAUAUAACAAAUUCCAAGACAGCGGAUAUGUCAAUAUGGGAUCUUUGGAUAAUUCCGGGAGCCAGGAUGUGGUAGUUUUGGUCCGUGCUGUCGUAUCCUUGGUGGACAAGGGCGCUGUCACUGGGGAUUCCAUCACAACCACUGCAUCAGUAGCCUACAACUCUGGAAGCCUCUGGCAAGGAUACAUCACUUCCAUAGUAGACUCUGUCAACUCUUAUCCAAGCUCGACGGUCCAGUAUUCCCUAACUUCGUCUCAAGUAAUAGCUGCACCCAACGGAGGAGGCGUGGAGUUCGAACUGUCUGCCGAAUUGCCAGUCGGUGUCAUCACCAAGCUAACGAUUGAGGCUACUGCUGCCCAUACAGAACUGUCCGUCUGUCGAGUUUACGUUAAAUCCACUGGCGCAAAUGUACCAUGUGUCUCAGAUGGUUCCUGGAUGUCCCACACAAAAUAUGCUACCGGUGGUGGUAAUUCAGCGACAAGUUUUCAUCUGCCAUCAGUGACUAAUUCUGGAAAGCUCCCCUUUACGUCAGACAACAGCAUUACAUUUGGGAUUGUGGUCUUGGUACGCGAUGGGUAUGACUUCGGUAACCUGGGAAAUUCGUAUUUUGAUCUCACCAUUUCUCACACAGACGACUGGACGACUGGAACAAAGGCUGCACAAGUUUAUGUCAAUUCCAGCGACUCAUUCACUACUGCUUCCCCUGUUCUGGAGGUGGUUUAUCCAUCCGGGGUAAAUGUGAUCAAAGGAUCGACCAUAUCCGUCCGCGCAAAGGUCUUCACAUCUCCCAAUUCGGUGACGGACUAUAAAAUAGAUUUUGAUGUGACUUCCACGGGGAUGCACAUUUGUGAUGCAAACUUUUUAUGGAGUGGAAAACAUGUGUGUGUCGAAAAAGUGAAUAAAACAUUGGUCGAGGGCACAAAUAAUGGAACCUAUUUAUCAGCUUCCCUUCAAUUCGGCAACAUCAUCAACUGGGAUCUUGGUGGUUCCACGGUAGAGGUUGAUGCCAAUGCGUUUGUAGUUGAAGUAACUUUAGCCAUUGCAAAUGAUCCCAGUGUGAUUGUGGGAGACUCGCUGGCCUGCAGUAUAGUCCUUACUCACAGCUUAUCCACGACUCUUUCAGAUUCAGCGUCCUUGACAGUUGUAUCUACGCCAACAAAUGUUUAUACAAACAUCGCUGUGACCAAUAACCCGCCGAAUGCUGGAUUGGUGUAUGCUUUCAUAAGCGACUACGUGACGUGGGGUGUGGAUCUUCAUCUCCCUACAACCACUGACCGGUACGUCAUGACCAUCACAAUGCCAUACUCUGCUGGAGAGGCUCACUUCACGGUUAUAAACGCAACAUAUGUAGCAUCUGGAAAAAACAUCGGAUGUUCCCAAAACACGACUGUGACAGCCACACUGGCGUCUGCUUUACCUACGUCACAGAUGACCCAAAUGACGGUUGACUUGGGCGUCAUCUCUAACACGGGUUCUGAAUUCAGAUUUGAAAAUGACAGCGUUACGCAGUUUCAUUUCACUUUCCAAGUCACGGAUCACCCAGGAAACACACAUGGAUCUGUACACUUUUUCACUGUCUCAGUAGCCGGUGACAAUGGAGGAUUCGCCACUGCAACCGGAAAUGUGACCAUACAAGUGAGCGGUGCUGAAAUUGCGCAGUUAGAAUUCAACACAUGGACCGACACUUUUCACCAUACACAAAGAUCUUCGGGCCACGAACUAACAUUGUAUGGAAGGCUUAAUCUAGUUAAUACUUCAAGUGCACAUGCUUCGUCCGUUGUCGUUCACUACCUAUUGCCAACUUACACAGCCUUUGUGGCUGUUAAUGAAUGGACAGUUCUUCAACCAAAUGCAGCAGUUACCGUCGCUGGUGGUGUCGAUUUAACGUAUCCCGUGAUUACCUUUACGGAUUUCCCGACGUUUUCGCUGAAUAUUUCCAUUGAUCCAAACUCGGAAUUCGAAACCGGAAGCGUGAAUAUACACACAGUCAUACCGGCGGAAGUCACGUACAUGUCGUACCAAAGACCAGACAGAGACGACUUUAAUAUGCACAAUACGUUGUUAGAGUUAGUGGAGUUCGGAUUUGGUUCAGUGGUUUGCGACAAGAUGAUAGGAACAGAUACACCAGCCCUUCUUGAUUCCCAAAUCUCUGCUUCCUCUGAACAGAACAUGGCCUUUAACAUUAAGAAGUCGUCAGUCUCCGGAUGGAGACCAAAGAAGAGAGGCAAACCUUUCUGUAAUCACGAGUUCGUACUGAUACACUUUGUUGAUAGAAUGAAAAUAAUCGGUUUCUCGGUCUUCUCCGCGGGAAAUGAUAAUGAUGAUUACGUCACCAGUUUGACACUACAGUAUAGCGAUGAUGGGCAUUUCUGGACCUACGUGGGCAAUAACGAUACGGACAUUAAGUGGUUUACUGUGGCCUUUAACAGUACUAAGACUGUUAACGACGCCUUCAAAUUUUCAUUGAAUGUUUCUGAGGAAUUCACAGCAGCUUAUGUUAGAAUCAUCCCUAAAUCAGGGAACACUCGAACUUGUGACCCUGCCAUCCGAGUGGAAUUCGAAGGCUGCAGAAUGGGUGCCAAUACCGUCAACAGUACGGGACCAGAUACCCCGGCUUUCUCUGUGCCUGACAGAUCUUUUCUUACAGACACAAUAACUGGAGUAAUGUUCGCGUGUGUCCAAAGCGGAGUAGAGGGGGAGAAUAUGUGUUCCAUGUCUACUGAUAAUGGAACCUCUUGGGAAGAAGUAGAUGGCGUUGGGGAUAUAGAAGGCGUGGUAACGAAUACAUCCACCCUGGUUGGAAUCUCUCAAGACGGAAUGGCGCAGCUCUGUAGUGAUGAUGAUGGUGUCACGUGGACCAGCUGUCAAGGAAUUGACGUCACUGAGAUUAAGUCAGAGAUGAAUUAUCUAGCCAGUAAACAACAACCAUUCGAUGAUUUCAGUGCAUCCACAGAUGACACAAUGCUUUCCACUUAUGGUUUCAGCCAUCCAGAGUUCGAUGUCACAGGAACAAUGAGCGGUAUAAAAGUCCGGCAAUUGGGGAGCGGAUCCUGGGCCACUGCGUCCUGGUGGGGUUCGUCGGAUUGGUCUUUGCUAUAGCAGCAUUCAUCAAUUCCCUUCACACAAAUAUCUGAGCAGCUAGAUGGAAAUACAGUAGCACAGAAAAAAAUCCUUUCAAAUUUCGAUUUAUUUGUGGACAAGAACAAUAAUUUAUGAGAAGUGUUAUGAAGUGCCAUGAACUGCACUGUUCGUCCUGUGGUCUCAGUUUGUUAAUAUACGUAUCUCUGUAAAAACGACGUUUACCUUUUCCUAAAUAAUGACUGUAGAAAAACAUGCAAUUACAUAAAGUCAUUGCUGAGAACACUAAAAUACAUGGAAUUUGACUUUUUAAUUUUUAAAAUCUCUUUAUCUUCUUUCUAAUAAUUACUGCAAUAAAUUAUAAACAUAUGUGGGGAUGAAAUACUAGAACUACUUUAACGAAGUGCCAAUUACCUCGGUACUGAACAGUGUAGCAAUUUCAGACACUGCAUUCCUCCAAACAGGCUCCCCAAUCUCUGCAGCUGAACGUCACAUAACACUGUGCUGGGUUACUGGAUCUUCUGACUGCUUUAUUCUCGUUGUGUAUGUAUUUUGGGGUCACCUGAGUCACACAGGUUUUGUUAUCGUCCAUCGUGCAUAACAAUUGAACAUUUUAAACUUCUUGAUAACUACCAUUCCAAUUAUUUUCAAAUUUGGUAUGAAGCAUCUUAGGGACAAGGAGGCAUAAAUGGUAAAUUUCAGGACACCCCCCCCCCCCCCAGAGCCUUAUGGGCGGAGAAAAUGGUCAAAUAUAUACCAAUUUUCAAAAAAUCUUUUUCUUAAUAAUUGUAGAUUUCAAACUCCCCACGGUAAAGGUUCAGACUCCAGGAUGGGGCCAAACUUGAUAUAUAGUGUUUACGUGCAAAACAUUUAGAUAACAUCGUCUUUAAUGCUAUUUAUACUAAAUUAAAACUGAGUAGAUAUUUAGAAAGAGCAGGUACCGUUUACAUUAUGUAAACAGCUCUUGUCACGAUUAAACCUAUCUUCUCUGAAAUCUGAAUGAUUUUAUGUAAUAUUAUCAAUAAAUAAACACACUUCUAAAUUCGUGGGGGUGGGGUAUCUCAAUGAAUUGUGUUUUCAUAGAUCUACAAUUGCAUGUGAUAUAAUGAUUAUAUGUUAUAAAUAUGUGCCAAGUUUUGUAAUUUAUUGAUAAAUUCUGUUUGUUUUU